UGGAGGGGCGGUGCUUCUCAUUCUGACAGUGUAGUGAGUAGGACCCGCCCCUCUCGGGGCUGCCCCGCCGAGCAAAACGAACCCCGCCGUUCCAAACUGCCACUGACUGGGCCAACGCUGCCCAGAAUGAACAACGUGAUCCAGGAAGAAGUUGGCGCCUGAACGCUAACAGAAAGUAUGAAAGAGAUCCCUAUGAAAUGAUUUUUCUACCCAUCGUUGUUAAAGAAUUCCAUAAUGAACGACGCGGAGUUCAGCGUCCCUCUGUCCUCUCUGGCCAUCCUGGUCCCUCCGCUCCGCCUGAUGUCGGCGGUGAUGUGGGAAGUGGUGCGCCAGAGGAACAUAAAGCAUUAUGGGAAACUGGAGGAGUUUGUGUCCAUGGUAACGGAUGCAGUUCCUGAACUGAUGAGUAAAAGAGAAGGACGGUUGCUCUCGCUGGGCCUGAGAGCCAGGACGACGCUGGAGCUGCUGCGCUCUGAACACCCUGAAGACCUGAAGGCUGUGGAGAGCCACCUCAACCGGAUCAGAACCUCCUGCAUCGAGGAAACCAACGAUCCUGUGAUUGAAGCACCGGAGGCCAACUUCAUGAAGCUGGUGCAAGGCCUCAUUGAAGACACUGACGGCAGAGAACACUUCCUCAAAAAUGUGUUCCCGGUGGAGUACGGGCCGGACUUCGACACCGCUCUGGAAACUCUGGUUUGUGAAUUCUUCACCAGACUGGAGGAGCUGCUGCCAAUACCAGAUUUCAAACAGACUGCCUCGUGGAUCAGUGCUGCCCCCUCGGUCCUGGAGGAGUACAUGCAGUGUGUCUCAAAUGGAGACGACCUUAAAUUUCUUCUCCAGAGCAAACAGUGUCACGGGAAACUGGCCAAGAGCAGCGUUGCUCCGUUUCAGUCCGACGACCUCCUCAUCCCUUCUCUGUCUCUCCCUCCGUCGCUGGAAGUGGCGAUCGCGUCCCACCCGAGCGCCUGCGACGACGAAAACAACGACGUCCCUCAGAUCGUCAUGUUCGACGAGGAGCUGUCCACCAACCCUUCCACCUCCACCGACUUCCCCGAGUCACCGAAAAGGACCGACAUCUCCUCGUCUCCUCGCAGGAGGCAGCAGUCAGAGAUGCAUAAAUGCCCCGAGUGCGACAAGUGCUUCAAGCACCACUCUGUCCUCAUCGAACACCAGAGAGUCCACAGCGGCCUGCAGCCGUAUAACUGCUCCGAGUGCGGCCGGGCUUUCAGAACCGCCACCCUGCUGGCCGGCCACAGGCUGCGCAAAUGCAAAAACGCUGCAUACUUGUGCAUUAAAUGCGGGAACAGCUUCCCAACCUCGCUGGAAAAGUUCCGACACCACUGCCCGAAACGAGGGCGUAACUACGAUUGCGGGCACUGUGGGAAGAGUUUUCAAAAGUCCAGCAGCUUGAAAGAACACCUGCUGACUCACGUCCAAAGCCGCCUUUUCAAGUGCAGUCACUGCGGAGUGGGCUUCUCAGGGAUCGGUGACUUGAAGUAUCACCAGCAGGUAGAUCAUGACAAGCCUUAUCAGUGUAAGCAAUGUGGGAAGAGCUUUAUCUCCUCCAAGUCUCUGAGCAAACAUCAGCAGCGACACGAAGAGGUCGGGGAGAUGGAGGCCGCCAAGUUAAUGAGCGGAGGGAAACACCGCAAGAGCGGCUCCGCUCACCGGACUUCCUCCUCGUCUAUGACCUCCAGGAAGACUUCGGUCAAAUCUGCCUACCCACGAGGACGAGUCACGCAUAACUGUCCGCUUUGCGGACGGAGCUUUAAGUAUCGCUUUGAGUUUCUGGAGCACCAGAGGUUCCACACUGCGGUGAAACCGUACAAGUGCUCCCAGUGCGGCAAAGCUUUCCGUACGGAGGCCCACCUCUCCAGACACAGGAAGAGAAAGUGUAAAAACGCUUCCCACAUUUGCACCAAGUGCGGCUGCCAGUUCAGGUCUCUACACGAGCGGGUCAGACACCAGUGCGUCCAGCUGCUGACGAAAUACGAGUGUUCUCAUUGCGGGAAGACCUUCAAGAUGGCCCACCUGCUGAGGAACCACCAGAUGAACGAGCACCAGCUCCCCUACAGCCCCAACCACCGCUUCAGGUGCAGAUACUGCGACGAGACGUUCCCCGGCAUCAGCGAGCUCAAGUACCACCAGAGAGUCGACCACGAGAAACCCUACCAGUGUCAGGAGUGUGGCAAGUGCUUCCUGUCGGAGAAAUGCCUGGCCAACCACGAACUGCGCCACAACGACGACCGACCGGAGAGCUGUCUGGUGUGCGGCCGCGGCUUCAGGAACCGCUACGACUUAAAGCAACACAUGCGCACUCACACGGGGGAGCGACCGUACCAGUGCACCCACUGCUCCCAGUGUUUCUCCACUGCGGGGGGACUGAGGAGCCACACCAGGGUUCACACUGGAGAGAAGCCACACGUGUGCCCCGACUGCGGGAAGGCGUUCUCCCAGAUGGGGGCGAUGCGCACACACAGGCUCACCCACACGGGAGAGAGACCGUUCAAGUGCACCGUGUGCGGCAAAGGUUUCACAAUGGCACACAAGGUGACGGUUCACAUGCGCGUGCACACGGGAGAGAGACCGUACGUGUGCUCUCAGUGCGGGAAAGCGUUCUCAGACGGAAGCGUGCUGAAGCAGCACAUGUUGAACCACUCGGGGGUGAGACCGUACCACUGUCAGAUCUGCCCCAAGACCUACACCUGCCUGAACCACCUGAGACGCCACCUGAAGAGCCACUCCAACAUGAACUGAGUCGGCCUCCAAACAGAACAUUUUUUACAUAAACUGACUGACACGCUGCAUUUGGCAGUUAGGCUACUAUAAAAAAGGCAUCGGACCAACUCAACCAAGCAAUAGAUGAAAGAAGGAAGAUAGAAUGAUGCUGUACAGUCGCUGUUGAACUUGAGGUGAAAAGGUUUCUCUUCACUGUAAAUUACAUUUAGUCACGUUAGCCAAUCGUCAAGGUUUAUUUGAACAUUUUAAAUUGAUCAUUUGAGAUUUGGGGAAAUGCACUUGUUUGCUUUGUUGCUGAUAAUUAGAUGAGGAUGUUGAUACGACUCUUUCUCUCUCUCUGUUAACCCUCUGGGUUCUGAGCCUAUUUGCUCUGUAUAUACCACAUAAUAUUUAUUAUACUCAUGUUUGGUAUUUGGUAUUUUCUCAGCACAACUUCAACAUGAUCUGACAAUUAUUUUUUCACUUUAACCCACUUUAUUAGCCCAUAAAGACAAAAAACUGGGGAAAAGUUUCCAGUCUGUAAUUUGGAGUGAAGUCGACAGCAGCGUGACCUCGUUUUUUGUUACGGCGCUUUAAAAAAAGCCACGUUAUCAUAGAGCCCAGAGGAUUAACAAGGCGGAAUCAAGAAAGAGCUUAGCUUAGCAUCAAGACUAAACAAAUAACAAAUAGUCUGGCUCUGUUCAAAGAUAUUUAAAAUCUGGUUUCUGAAAAGUCAGAAAUAUUUCUGGUACAUAUAAAACCGUUUUGUAGAGGUUUAACAAGCAAUAUAAAAAGAUUGAUUGAUUGACAAGAUUCAUAAAAAUGCAUAUAAAUAUAAAUGGUCUUUCUCUUUCUCUCCGAGGCUUUUGGUCACUCCAUCAUCCAUAAAUUUCAUGUCGGGCAUUUAUCCAUAAUUGUUGGCUGUAGCUUCAUAUUCAGUUAUUUUGUGGUAUCAAUCUCUCAUCUGACUCAAGCAAGAAAGUAAAUGAGAAUUUCCUACAAAAGGUCAAUCGGUUUCUUUAACUUCAGCACAAGCUCGUUCUUUUCCCUCAUUCUUCAUUCUUUGACCUUUUUUUUCUUCUUACAUCAGUUUCUUAUGCAUGAAUAUGUUUGGAUAUUAUUCUGGAUAUUCUUUGGGUGAGAUAUUGUAUGUUUGAAAGCUGUAAUAUCGGUGAAAAUAUAUUUUUUGAAAGGCCUCAGUAGUGACGGAGAAAGUGGAAAUGUUGGCACUCUGUAAAUAAGCUGAAAGACGAAUGUUGUGGGAGUGCAGAAUUAAAACGAUGGUGCCAUUUAUUAUCAACAUGACAUAACUUUAUUCCUGUAGGCCCUUUAUAGGCCCCCACUAUGGUUUGCAAAGUUUGUGAAUUUGGAAUUAAAUGACCUUGGUUAACCAUGUUGAUUUGAUUUAUUGAACAGAGGAAAACAUCUGUAAGAGUUCUCAGAAAGAGUGGGACGUAUUAGGGCUGGGCGAUAUGGACAAAAAGUCAUAUCCUGAUCUAUUUAGGCAAAAUAUCUAUAUACGAUAUACACUACUGGUCAAAAGUUUUAGAACACACCAACUUUUCCAGAAUUUAAUUGAAAAUGAUGCAGUUUAAUGUCUCAGUGUACUCUGAAAUUAAUGCACAUUUGCAACAUUUAAAAUUCUUUAUUGAGCAUGAUAGUGUUUUGAAAGUAAAAAAAAGAUUCAAAAUCACAUUUUAUGUUGGACUAAAGGACUAAAAAAAGAGACAAAAUGACAAAAAAAGACACAAAAUGACCAAAAAAGACACAAAAUGACUUACAAAGACAUGAAAAGAAUUCAAAAAAUGGACAAAAUAGCCCAAGACUCCAUAGAGUUAAGUUGUUAACCCAUUUCUUGUUCCCUGAAAAAGGCCUACUUGUAUAAUUCUGAAAUGUACAUUAUUUUUCAGUUUUGGUUAAGCUUACCUUUUUUUAUUUACCUCUGGCAGUUCACCACUUACCUUUGUACCCUUUCAAGCUGUUCAUUUGACUUGAACUGCUUGAAUUUCAAUAAAAAACUGGAAAAAUUGGGCUGUUCUAAAACUUUUGACCGGUAGUAUAUGUAUCCUGAUAUUUUUAUUUUUUAUAUGACAUGUCACAUGUAGUUUUAUUGAAACUGUUUAUUUAAGUGAACAUAAAUACUGUAUAACAGGAGAACCUUUAAAAAAAAAAAACCUAAGCUCCAUAAAGUGCA